AUGCAAUCUAAUAAUAUCACAAAUAACUUGAGUAAAGGAAUUUUAGCUAGUAGUAUUUUGAUUAGGAAUAUUAUUUCUGCUUAUUCAUCAGAAAAUCAAAGUAAAAUAUAUAAAAAGAGGAAUUACACAAAUCCUUCUUUUUUUAGAUAUUUUCACUUAACACUUAUAUUUCUUUUGUGUCUUCUAGCACAAUGUUCAUUGAAAUCACAAAAUAAAGUUUGUUCUAAGAUAUAUCUAAAAAGUAAUUAUUCAAGAAAAUUAGAAGAACAUUCUAGUAAUCAAGGAUCUCAUACAGAAAGAGAAUAUAUUCAGGCAGAACGAGAGAACUGGGAUAAUGUUAUGAAGAAUAUAAGUAAAACUUGGAAUUUGGCAAAGGAGAAAAUGGUUAAUCUAUGGAAUCAUAGAAGAGAACGUUAUAAAUACAAUAGAUGGAUGAAUCAUAAUAUGGAAAAUACAAUGAAAAAAAUGGAUAUGGAAUACCAACAAAACAUGGAUAGUUAUAAAGAUGAUUAUUUCCAUUUUACCUGGAUUUUAGAAAAAGGUACUGCUGAUAAAAAUCAGAGGCAUAGAUUAUGGAUGCAAUUUAUGGAAUUAAAGGAGGAUUACAAGGAAUUUACGGAAAAGUGGAUAAGAGAAAAACAAAAAGAAUGGGAAAGAAAUUUAAUGAUGGUAGAAGAAUAUGUGCAACAUAAACCUGAAAAUAGAUCUGAUGAAAAUUGGGACUCAAUGUAA